AUCCAUUGAUGUCAAAUUCAUUAGACAUCCGACUUACUGUCACUAUUCGAACACGUGGCAGACGAAAAGGGAUAAUAGCAAACAUUUUUCAGAUCUGAAUCACAAAUGUAACAAUAAAAUACUUCAAACACGAGCCACCGGACAAAGAGAGCAACAAAAUGGACAAACAGCUAACCCAUGUCGAAAGCCAGCACGUCCUCCACAGUUCCAUUUUCAACCAAACCCUGCGUGACUGGCAGACCCUCAAAACCGAAAUAACCCCCCGGAAUUUAAUGUACCCCGUCUUCAUAAUCGAAAACGACGACUCCGUCGAGCCCAUCGCGAGCAUGCCCGGAGUCUCCCGCUACGGCAUCAACAAACUAAAACACCACUUACAACCCCUGAUCGAAAAAGGCCUGAGUUCAAUCUUAGUUUUCGGCGUAAUCGACAAACUCCCCAAAGACCCCUUAGGCACCAACGCCGACAGCCAAGAAAACCCCGUAAUCCGCGCACUCCCCAGCCUGCGCACCGCAUUCCCUACUCUCACCAUCGCCUGCGACGUCUGUCUUUGCCCCUACACCUCCCACGGUCACUGCGGCGUCCUGUUCCCCGACGGCACCAUCAACAACCCAGCGAGCAUCCAACGCAUCAAGGAAAUCGCAGUGUCGUACGCCAAAGCGGGUGCUCACAUUGUGGCGCCGUCGGACAUGAUGGACGGCCGCAUUGGUAGCAUCAAACAAGGGCUAGCUGAACACGAUUUGCGCCACAAAGUUGCUGUUCUGUCAUACACCGCCAAGUUCGCGUCAGGGUUCUACGGACCUUUCAGAGACGCCGCUAAGUCGCAGCCGGCGUUCGGCGACCGCAAGUGUUAUCAGCUGCCCCCAGGUAGCACAGGACUGGCGUUGCGGGCGGCGAAACGAGACGUGGCUGAAGGGGCCGAUAUGCUUAUGGUGAAGCCGGGUUUGAGCUACUUGGAUAUAAUGAAACAAGUGAAAGAAAAGUAUCCAGAGUAUCCCAUGUUUGUAUAUCAGGUUUCAGGGGAGUAUGCUAUGAUAUAUCACGCCGCUAAAGCAGGGGCGUUGGAUUUUCGAAGCGCGCUGAGUGAAGUUAUGGUCUCGCUAAGACGGGCUGGAGCUGAUGUGAUUAUUUCGUACUUCACGCCAGAGAUUUUGAAUUGGAUUCAGCUGAAAAGUAAAAUUUAAAAGGGGUGUUUUUGAAUAGAUUUAGUGGCUACCAAUGACACUAUUAAUAGUUACAGGGUAACUUAGGCUAGGUUUUGUUUGACUAGAAGAUGUUUAAAAUAUACGUAUGUUAUGAAAAAUAAAUAAUUCAAAGUU